AUGGCAUCUUUGAUAGGUCUCGUAUUCAUACCGGCUGUGACCCAUAUGCGUUGUACCCCGGCGCUGCAAAGGCGAGGAAAAGGGCAGCUACAAACUGGCAAAAGUGAUGAUUGGUCUGCCUUGGGCGUAAUAAGGAAUUUAAUUGAGAAAGAGUACAGAACAAACUAUUCAGAUUACCAAUCAGUUCCCUACAGUUCCUGUAGACUACCUUCUCCGGAAAGGCCUGUGGCCGGAAUGAUCAACGGAGGCAUAAUUGGGACUAGCAAAUGGAUUAGUGAAAUAGGUGAUAAAGCGUGGCUCAGCCGUAUUGUGGCGUUGACACAACUAAAAAUGUGCCGACGAGACGACCCAUUGAACGAUAUUCCCCAUUCUCCAUCGGCUACUCCAACUUGGAAAUCAUUUACCACGAUAUCGGAUUUGACGGUCAGUGAUCUCUGGAGAAAAGAGUCACCUGACCUUAGUGUGAUAUGA